AUGAGGCGCCAACAGCAAUUUUUGUUAGCGCGCCUGCUGCUUGUGGUGGUAUUGGUGGUGGCAACGGCGGCGUUGCUUUUUUUGCCGACCCCGGCGCAGGCACGUCUAUUUGGCAGCGUGGAUAGCAAUGACUUGUACGGGCGACUCGGUGUGGCGCGGGGGUCUACAAAGGAGGAAAUUAAAAGGGCCUUUCGAAAGCUCGCCCGUGAGCAUCACCCGGACAUGCAGGAGACGUAUGAGGCGAAGGAGGCAGCCAAGGAGCACAUGGUGCAGUUGCUUCAGGCGUAUAAGGUCUUGUCUGACGACAUUCAGCGGCAGGACUAUGACAACUUUGGAGCCGUCCCAGGGGAGAAGUUUGACACUGCAGAAUUUUCAACGCAGCAGAUAUUUGAGUACUUCCAUCAGCAGUCGCCUAUUCUCUCCAAGAGUCAGCAGCUGGAGUCACUACGCACGGCGCAACGGAUUCUAAACUUUCGUGGAAAUCGGUUGUUUCUGCUGCAGGUGUACGACGACACUUGUAACUCCUGCCGCUGGUUUGCCUCCAACUGGGAAGGACUUACGAAAUCGAGUCUUGUUGAGGGAGGCGUGGUGGAGAUGCUUCGCAUUGACGCCUACUCCAUGGAAGGGCCAUCGCUGCUGAAAGCGCUAGACCUCUCCUACAAUGGAGAGGUCGGGGUAUACGCCUUUAUCGAUGGAAAAGCGUGGACCAUGCUGCAGAUAAAAGACGCGGUUAAAUCUCGGAGUAGGACUAGCGCCUUCACAGCGCUCUUGGACUUUGUUAUGAAUUUCUUUUACGAUAGGUACACUGAAAUCAAUUCUUUGAAGGUGUCAAAUGGUACAGAGGCAAUUCUGGAGUGGCUGCAGGAGGAGCGUGGUACUGCAGACACAUUGCGUGUCCUGCUGCCGCCGCUGACGGUGGAGUCUGUGGCUCUCACCCUUUCGUAUGUGUACGAGGGCAUGGCCGUGGUUCGCUCCGUGCCGCGGGCGGCACUUCAGGAUUUUGUAGAGAACUACUGCGAGCAGCCGAUAGAGGCACGCAACCGCGACGGAGAGCUUGUGCCAAUGCCAGAAUUCAUCGUCGUCUCCUCGCAUCGACUCGCCAAAGCUGGUGGCGUGGCAUCUGUGGAGAAGUCACACUUCAUGAGGAACUGCAGCGGCGUCAGCAUUGGCGUCAGUGCCGCCCUCUCGUAUCGUAAGGCAAACGCGUUUGUGCGGGAGUCUCUGCCUCCACGACACCCGGGAAUGGCAGACGUGACUUACGUGACGAGCAACUCGCUUUACGAGGUGUGUCGGCGGCACUGUCUGUUGUGGCUGCGCGAGAGCUGUGUGGAACCGCCAAGUGACGUUUGGAAGAACGUCCUGGCGGGGGACUACAAACCGUUUGCGGUGGGGUACGUGUGCCUGGACAGUGAGUCAAGUCUGCGUGACGUCCUACCGACGUCGGCGCACGACACACUUGUGGCCAUCAUGGACGGCGACGAGAACAACCUGCACUUUUUGCUCCCCGAUUCAAAUCCAAGCCAAAUUGCGGAGUCGCUCUCCCGUCUGCUGACAGGGGGGGAGCAGGCAGACACCCCGUUGCACCUCGCAACGCCACUCUCACGUUUGAUGAACUCACGGCCGUUUUACUUGUCACAUGUGCAGUACUUGUACAUCAAAUUCCGCUGGGUUUUCAGUGUCAUAUACUCAUUUUUAUCCAACUCCUACCCCUUUUUGAUGAUGUUCAUCAUGCACAAAGUCCUCAACCGAUUCGGCCUCCUGGGCAACGAGACCGCCAACACUGCCACCACUGGUAGCAACGGCAACAGCAAUGGCGAAGCGGCAGCCUCCACCGCGCCCAAGGCAACCGCCGAGACGGGUGGAUGCAGCCACAGUGACGCAAACCGUAUGGCGAAAAACGAAAAACAGUUGCUUUCCUUCACCGCUGCAGACUUGGAGGCGGCAAAGGUUGGGAAGGGAUUUCUUCUUCUUUUGUUUCAUCCCGGUGGGGAAGGGUUGCCGGCGCUUCCAUCGCUUGCCGAGGAUUUACGAUUUGCCGUACGUCUUGCGUCGCCAACGGAUCCAAUUCUGGCUCCAUGGCUUUCUCAGCACCACCAAGAAGAAGCACACGAUUUUAAGGGCGAAGACGCAUCAACGGAGGAGGAGGACUUAAUAGUCGUCGCUAUACGACAAGGAAGGAUGAAGGCGACAAUAAAGCCACCCAAGGCAGCGAUAGAUACAUGGUUGCAUGAUCUUGUUGAUGGCACCAUUACGGCAACAACACCCUUUCCAUAA